AUGGCACAAGUGGACAGGUGGGGCGAGGUAUCCCCUCUUGGCAGCUUGACUGAGGAGGUUCAUGAUGGCCAGAUGCUAACCAUGAACUUAGAGAGGGAGAAGGAAGAUGGUAAGAACACAGGAGAUGAAGAGGGCACUGGUGACCUGGCAGCCUGUCCAAGGGGCAGCUUCCCAGUAACUCACCAUGAUCCAGACUUUCAGCAUCCACCCAUGAAGGAGGAAUCGAAAUUCUCUGACGCCUUCAGUGCUAGAGGCAUUGGGCAGAGGCCAGUGGAGGUGCCUGGGAAGGAUGGCUGGGAAGGAGAGGUGUCAAAGACCCUGGGUAGCCUACCCAGCGGCCUUUCACACAAGUUGUUAGGUCAGAUGCAGCCUGUGGAUAAUGAUGCAGACAGGAGGGCAAACCAAGAUGAAGCGUUAGAUACCCCAUCUAAUUUACUGGACAAUGGAAAGUAUCUUAGUGAACAGAAAGACGUACGCGUGUCCCCAGGCAACUACUUCCCAGCAUGUUUCCCCAGGCCGGGGAGCAGUUUGAACCUCCCCUCGCAGGAGACACACACACCAGCACCGGCGUCGGCCACCCCAGCCAGCCUGGCAGCUGCGGUGCUGACAAAAGCUCGCCUUAGCAGGAAAGGCCAGCACCAAGAGAACGCGCGAGAGAGCGGGCAGGCGGAAGGGCGUCCCUACAGGUGCCUGAGAGGUGGCCGGGCCUUCCGGAAGCCCAGCAAACCGCGGAGCCCCGCGGAGGCGCGCGGUGGCGACAAGCCUUACGCGUGCGAGCUGUGCGGGAAGGCCUACUCCCACCGGGGCACGCUGCAGCAGCACCGGCGCCUGCACACGGGCGAGCGUCCCUACCGGUGCCCCUUCUGCGACAAGGCCUACACCUGGUCCUCCGACCACCGCAAGCACAUCCGCACCCACACAGGUGAGAAACCCUACCCGUGCCCCGACUGCGGGAAGGCCUUCGUACGCUCCUCUGACCUGCGCAAACACCAACGCAACAUGCACAGCAACAACAAGCCCUUCCCGUGCGCUGAGUGCGGCCUGACUUUCAACAAGCCGCUGUCGCUACUGCGCCACCAGCGCACGCACCUGGGCGCGAAGCCCUUCCGCUGCCCCGCCUGCGACCGGGAGUUCGCGGUGGCCAGCCGCAUGGUGGAGCACCAGCGCGUGCACUCGGGCGAGCGGCCCUUCCCCUGCCUUACCUGCGGCAAGUGCUUCACCAAGUCCUCCAACCUGUACGAGCACCAGACGCUGCACACCGGCCAGAGGCCCUUCAAGUGCGCCGACUGCGGCGUGGCCUUUGCGCAGCCCUCGCGCCUCGUGCGUCAUCAGCGCAUCCACACCGGCGAGAGGCCGUUCCCUUGCGCUCAGUGUGGCCAGGCCUUUGCCCGCUCCUCCACUCUGAAGCGGCACCAACAGAUCCACUCCGGAGAGAAGGGUUUCCUUUGUGCCGAGUGCGGCAAGGCCUUCCGCAUUGCCUCGGAGUUGGCGCAGCACAUCCGAAUGCACAACGGGGAGAGGCCCUACCAGUGCAAGGACUGUGGCCAGGCCUUCACCCGGUCCAAUCACCUCCAGCGACACCAAGCCAAGCAUGGCACCUGCAAGAAGGAGCCUAUUCAGGCUCCUUCUGAUGAGUGA